CGACGGUAUACUGCAAAGUGUCUUGGCCGGCCUUCAGAUCAUCUUUUCUUUAGCAAGCCCGACGCGGUUAGACCAAGUGAAAGAUACUGUCAUGUCGAGCAUGCGGAGAAUGCGACGUCAAAGCCAGUCCACAGCCACGGUUCCGGAACUCCCAGGCGCAUACGUGCAUGGGGAGGCGCCGUCAAUAGGACCCUCCGCUCUUACUCCGAUGACUGCCAUCCCUGGUGUGAUACCAGGUAUCAUCGUGGCAGAAGGCCAGUCAUGGACAUGCCGAUACGGCGGCGGUUGCAACAUGACCUUCCACGACACCGUAUCCGCGAAGGCCGUAAAGCUUCACCUGAAGAAGGAUCACGGUGUCGAAAGGGGCUCGGUCCUCCCUCCCCGUAGUACCAAGUGUUCAUGGACCGAGCCAGAAGGAAACCCGUGUUCUACCGACGUGCGCGCUAUUGGGCUCGCGAAGCACAUCUGUGAUGUACACCUGCGCGUUGAUGCUCAGACAUGUGCGUACUGCAAGAAGAAACUAUCUAGGAGAGACUCGAUCAAGAGACAUAUCGAGCAGAAGAAAUGUCGAGCCCUACGGGCCGUCUCGGAGUUGUCGAUUCACUAGAGCAGACGUUGGAGGGUGUGAUGUGGGAGAAGACAGCACAAGCACGACAACAGGAGGGUUGUUGCCGCCUGGUCAUCAGUUCACUAGGGUAUCUCGAACCCAGUGGGAUGUACGAUAUCAUUCAUGACAUUUGUAUCGCUAGUCUCAGAAUAAGAAGGGAGAACAAGUUGAAACCGAUACCGUACUAGUAUACAGUAC